AUGCAGCUGCACGGAUUAGGAAUCACACCUUCGGUAGCCACGAGCGCCGGACUUCUGACGGCUUACUCGCUGUCCGCAUUUCCCUGGGAAGUGCAGGCGGGCGGUUGCGCGCUCACUGCCGUUCCUAUGCUGGCGAUGCAGAGCUACAUUGUCGAAAACCCGCGCUGGCUUCUGGCGCGGGACCGCUCACUGGACGCUGACACGGCCGUGAUGCGACUCUACGGCGUCGACCCGCCCCCUGACUUCCGACAACGCAAAAUCGAAAGCGCCGCAGACCAGCAGAAACCACCAGAUGCCUGGCUAUGGCCCAAGGAGGCCAGGAAUGUCACGGCUUGCCUGCUAUUGCACCUUCUUCAGAACAUCUCCUGCGCUCAGCUUUGCCUGCUUCGAGCUGUGCAGGUGAUGGGCGCCGCAGUGACAGACGUGCCCCCACAGGCUUUCGCUGUGUUGCUAAUUAUCCUGCACAUAGGAUGCGCCACCUUAGCCAUUGUCGCCACGAAGAUCGUCAGCCGACGUGGACUCCUCGGUCUGUCGGCCUUGCUGAUCGCAGUUGUUCUGCCCAUACUGCGACCGCUGGAUCACCUUGGCUUCGUAGACUGGGCUGUGGACAAGGACCCCGCCAUACCCAGCUCGAAGGUCCUGCCUUCGGUGGGCCUGUUCGUGCUGGCUUACUCGGUGGGCUUGUGCCAUAUCCCGGUGCUGCUCACCGGCGAACUGAUCCCCCUGCGGUUGCGAUACCUCGCCUCGUCCUUUGUGUGGGCAUCCCGCUGGUCGCUAACCUUCGUCAUGCUCCACUUCGACGAGGAGCUGCUCGCCGCUUUCGAGUACAGGGUAGCGCUGCUGACGCUCAGCCUUGUUGUUGCAGUGGUGGCUGCCACUGCCAUUGCUCUCAUCCCCGAAACCGAAGAUCGAACUCUAUCGGACAUUGAUAAAUAA